AUGGAAGAUGUGAGCGAUCCGCCUUUUCGCGCCGUCUGCAAAGAAAACGGUGCCGAUCUUAUGUACACGGAAUUCAUCUCCUCCGAGGCACUUAUUCGUGACGCUGCCCAGAGUGUCGCAAAAUUAGACAUUUUUGAGGUGGAGAGACCUAUCGGUAUCCAAAUUUUUGGGCACAACAUCGAUUCUAUGCGCGCUUCUGUCGAAAUCACUGAAAAGGUCCAACCCGAUAUCAUCGAUAUUAAUUAUGGUUGUCCCGUUAAGAAGGUUACCUGUAAAGGGGCAGGGGCAGGCAUUCUGCAAGACAUCCCCAAAAUGGUGAAAAUGACUGCUGAGAUGGUGAAAACCACGGAUCUGCCUGUAACCGUCAAAACACGGCUCGGUUGGGAUGAUAACACGAAUAAAGGACCUGGAAUGGACAAAAUACACUUUAUGAAACUCAGCGGUGCAGGCAAUGACUUCGUCAUUAUCAAUAAUUUGGCGGGAAUCGUUGAUAGCACCGAUACAGAUUUUGUGAAAAAACUCUGCCAACGCCGUAUGUCGGUCGGGGCUGACGGUGUUCUCCUCGUCGAAAAGGCGGAUGGUGUCGACUUUCGCAUGCGCUACUUCAAUGCCGAUGGCGGUGAGGUGGAAACCUGUGGAAACGGCGCGCGAUGUAUCUCCAAAUUCGCUUAUCUGAACGGUAUCGCGUCUGAACAGAUGCGAUUUCUGACGAACGCUGGAAUUUAUGAAUCCGAAAUAGUCGGUCAGGACGUUAAAGUACGUAUGAGCGAUCCUACGGAUAUCCGGCUCAAUGUUCCACUCCAAUUGGAAGAUGGAAUGCACACGGUCGGGUUCGCGAAUAGCGGGGUGCCACACGUUGUUUUUUUCGUAGAGGACUUGGAAGAAACGGAUGUCUUUGACUUAGGACAGCAGACGCGUUAUCACGGCGAUUUCAAACCCGCCGGCACAAACGCGAAUUUUAUCCGCAUCCAGUCGCCAGGGUUGAUUGAUAUCCGGACGUAUGAACGUGGCGUUGAAGAUGAAACGCUUGCUUGUGGCACCGGGGUCAAUCGCUUCUGCUAUUAUUGCGGCGACGACGAUGAAUCGCUUGACGAAGCGAAACUCAAGGAACUGAUCCAAUUUCAGCUUGACGGCGGCACACACGGCAUCGUCCCGUGUGGCACAACAGGUGAAUCCCCCGCGCUGUCUGAGGCUGAACAUGAUAGGGUGGUAGAACUCACUGUUGAAACUGUAAACGGGCAGGUGCCUGUUAUCGCGGGUACCGGGUCCAACUCAACAACGCGCACCUUGCGUGCAACGCAACACGCCAAAGAUGCCGGUGUGGAUGCUGCCCUGAUUGUUACGCCCUAUUAUAACAAGCCUACCCAAGAAGGUUUGUAUGCCCACUAUAUGAAAAUCGCGGACACAGUGGACAUCCCGAUUGUCAUCUACAACGUUCCAGGACGUUGCGGUACAGACAUCCUUUCACCCACGAUUGCCCGGCUUGCCGAACAUCCGAACAUCGUCGCGCUCAAGGAAGCGACUGGCGAACUCAAACGCGCCAGUGAGGUCGUCAACCUAUGUCCUGAUGAUUUCGUCGUGCUUUCCGGUGAUGAUGUGAACACGCUACCGAUACUUGCUGUCGGAGGUAAAGGCGUGAUUUCGGUUGUCGCGAACAUCUCACCUGCGGAUGUCGCUGAGAUGUGCAACGCUUUCCACGCCGGAAAUCUUGAACUUGCCCGCAAACUCCAUUAUAAAACGUUGCCGCUGGCGGUGGAUCUCUUUAUCGAGACGAAUCCCAUUCCUGCGAAAACCGCGCUCCAACUGAUGGGGAAACUCAAUGGAAAAUUGCGGUUGCCUCUCGUACCCAUGGUCCCGGCGAACCUUGAAUCCUUACGCAGGACACUUUCGGAAAGCGGAUUGAUUUAG